AUGCCGACUCUUGUUGAGCGUAUAAAUGAGCUUGCAGAGCCAGGCUACCUAGGCGUCUCAGCUGCCUACAGCUUUAUGACGGUGAUGCUGGAAACUAUCCUGCGUGGCCAGCUACUCGCACCUAUAUUCAAUAUGCAAGAGAUCAAAGAUGAAGCCUUUUCAAGGUUCUGGAUCGACUUCUCGACUGCUAGAGCAAACGGGGAUCCAAAUGCGCCUGCUCCAGAGCCCGCUGGCUCUAGUCUUCUUAUACCACCACUUCUCGCGCAUGCGGAUGGGGUUGUUCUCGACAUCGGUCCUGGAACCGGCACCCAGACGCCGCUCUUCACAAACCCGAAUUUACGGGUCAUGUAUGGUGCAGAGCCAUGCGUAGGACUGCAUAAGGACCUUUAUGCUAAGGUUGAGUCUUGCGGUCUAGCAUCUAAAUACCGAGUUCUACACUGUGGAGCCCAGCCUGAGUCUCUACUUCCGGCGCUGAAGAAGGCCGGCGCACUCAAUGACGAGACCAAUGAGGGGAAAGGUCUUUUUGAUACUAUCGUCUGUAUUCGGGUAUUGUGUUCAGUUCAUACGCCAGAAAAGACGGUAAAGAGUCUUUAUGACUUGCUCAAACCCGGCGGGAAGAUGCUUGUUUGCGAGCAUGUCGUGAAUCCUUGGACCACAGCUAAGGGAAGCUGGGUUGCAAGAUUUGUCCAGGCUAUAUAUGGCCUUUCAGGCUGGAGUUUCUUCAUGGGUGGAUGCAACUUGGACAGAGACACAGAGCGUACGCUUCGGGCCGUUGCGGAUGUUGACGGUGGUUGGGGGAGCGUUGACCUAGACUUAUCGUUUACCUCGGGACCAUUGCCCUACAUCUCUGGAACUCUAGUUAAGCGAGGAUGA